AAUUGAGGCCGCGCCUAUAUAUUCUGCCGAACCAGGUGCGGCCUCGCCACAACACCACCCACACGGACACGGUCCCGCCUCGCGAACCAUCGUCGGCCUCCUCUCCUCUUUCUCUUUCUCUUUCUCCCGCGCGACCCACACACAGGCCAGCUUGCUACAGAGAGCGAGGCACGACGACGUACGUGUCGAGCUGAUCGCGGCGGCCGGAGGCGCUCGAUAUAUGCUGCGCGGUGACGGCGACGUUGCGAGGUAGCUAUGCCGCCGAUGAGGAGCGACGGGGUGAUCAAGGCUGGCGCAAGGGAGAGGUCGUCGUCGCCGUGGAGGUCGCUCCUGGGCGGCUGCCUGGGCGGCGCGGCGGGCGACCACGAGGCGAAGAAGAAGGUCCGGCCGCGCUCCGGCGGCGGCGGCGGCGGCGGGCUGCGGCGGCUGUCAUUCACGGACCUGAGCGGCGCGGCGGACGAGGACCUGUCCAUCUCCCUCGUGGGGUCCAACCUGCACGUGUUCGCCGUGGCGGAGCUGCGGGCGGCCACGGGCGAGUUCGCGGACGACAACUUCCUGGGCGAGGGCGGGUUCGGGCCCGUGUACAAGGGCUUCGUCGACGGCGGCGUCAAGCCGGGGCUCAAGCCGCAGGCCAUCGCCGUGAAGCUCUGGGACCCCGAGGGCGCGCAGGGCCACAAGGAAUGGCUGGCUGAGGUGAUCUUCCUGGGGCAGCUGCGGCACCCCAACCUGGUGAAGCUGGUGGGCUACUGCUGUGAGGACGCCCACCGCCUCCUCGUCUACGAGUACAUGCCCAACGGCAGCCUCGAGAACCACCUCUUCGUCAAACAGGUUCCUUCGGCGCUGUCGUGGUCGACCCGGCUCAACAUCGCCGUCGGCGCCGCGAAAGGGCUGGCGUUCCUCCACGACGCCGAGAAGCCGGUCAUCUACCGCGACUUCAAGGGCUCCAACAUUCUCCUCGACUCGGACAAGAAGCCGAAGCUGUCGGACUUCGGGCUGGCCAAGGACGGGCCGGAGGGCGACGACACGCACGUGUCCACGCGGGUCAUGGGCACGCACGGCUACGCGGCACCGGAGUACAUCAUGACGGGCCACCUCACGGCGAAGAGCGACGUGUAUAGUUUUGGGGUGGUGCUGCUGGAGAUCCUCUCCGGCCGGCACUCGGUGGACAAGACCCGGCCCAGCAGGGAGCAGAACCUGGUGGAGUACGCCCGGCCCGGGCUCAGGGACCCGCUCAAGCUGGCUCGCCGGAUCAUGGACCCGGCGCUGGAGGGCCGGUACCCGGCCGCCGCGGCGCAGAAGGCGGCCGCGGUGGCGCACCAGUGCCUGAGCAGCAGCCCCAAGAACCGGCCGGACAUGUCGGCCGUCGUGGAGGCGCUCGAGCCGCUGCUCUCCGUCACGGAGGACGUCGCCGUGGGUCCGGUGGUGCUGUUCGUGGCCGCGCCGGAGCCGGCGGCGGAGGAGAAGGAGAGGAAGGAGCGGCCGUCGAGGACGGCGAGGGACGUCGGCGCGCACCACCGGCGGAGGCUCCGGUCGCCGAAGGGCAGCCCCAGGAAGCGAGGGGCCGGGCCGAAGGAGGAGUUCUGGGUGUGGCACGUGCCGGCCGACGACGACAAGAAGCCGUGACGCCGGCGUGCGCUCCCGUCGGCGUCGUCGCGUCUGCAUGUGCUGUACAUACGAGAGAGAAAGAGAGGUGCUGCUAUUGUUUAGGAUUUAAUUAGGAUUGCAUACGCAUCCCUGUAGUUCUACGAUCAUGGCGAGUCUUCGUUUUUUCUCUUUGGUUUUCUUUUGCUUUGGAUCUGUAAGUUCUUACAGUGAGAUGCAGAAUGUGGCCCAUAAGUGGAGCUAUAUCAAACAAGAGUACUGAUUGAUCAACAUAACGGAAAUUUCGUCGCAUGUU